AAAACUCCGGGUUUACAUUAUGGCUAUGAUCAGGUUCAGAAGCUCGCUUCUUCGAAGGAGAAUCAGAGGCCAGUUUAUCCAUUUGCAGCUAUAGUCGGGCAGGAUGAGAUGAAACUGUGCCUUUUGCUGAAUGUGAUUGAUCCGAAGAUCGGAGGGGUGAUGAUCAUGGGUGACAGGGGGACCGGAAAGUCUACAACCGUUAGAUCUUUAGUCGAUCUACUCCCUGAAAUCAAAGUAGUGUACGGGGAUCCAUUUAACUCGGAUCCAGAGGAUGCUGAAGUGCAGGGGCCGGAAGUACGUGACAAAGUCAUGAAAGGCGAACAGCUCCCUGUCGUAGCUACAAAGAUCAACAUGGUUGAUCUGCCUUUGGGUGCAACAGAAGAUAGAGUUUGUGGCACAAUCGACAUUGAGAAGGCCCUUACCGAAGGUGUGAAGGCGUUCGAGCCUGGUCUCCUAGCAAAGGCCAACAGAGGGAUUCUGUAUGUUGACGAGGUUAAUCUUUUGGACGAUCAUUUAGUGGACGUUCUGCUAGAUUCUGCUGCCUCGGGAUGGAACACUGUGGAGAGAGAGGGAAUCUCGAUUUCACACCCGGCCAGGUUCAUACUCAUCGGAUCAGGUAAUCCAGAAGAGGGAGAAUUGAGGCCACAGCUUCUUGAUCGUUUUGGGAUGCACGCCCAAGUUGGAACAGUGAAGGACGCGGAGCUCAGGGUGAAGAUAGUCGAGGAGAGAGCACGAUUCGACAAGAAUCCUCAAGAGUUCAGGAAGUCCUACAUCGCAGAGCAAGAGAAACUCCAGCAGCAAAUUGACUCGGCCAGGAGUGGCCUUUCGUCCGUCAUAAUAGAUCAUGAUCUUCGAGUGAAAAUCUCCAAGGUAUGCGCGGAGCUCAACGUGGACGGAUUGAGAGGCGAUAUAGUUACGAAUAGGGCAGCAAGAGCAUUGGCUGCUCUCAAGGGAAGAGAUAAAGUAACAACGGAGGAUAUUGCCACUGUCAUCCCCAACUGCUUGAGACACCGGCUUAGAAAGGACCCUCUUGAGUCGAUCGACUCGGGCUUGCUCGUGAUCGAGAAAUUCUACGAAGUUUUUGCCUGAGGGAGGUAAAAGUUUCAUCUUUUUUUUUUUUUUUCUAGUGCAAGGUUUUGGUGUGAAGGUUUUUUAUACUUGGCUGUUCAAUUUUGGAGCUGCGAAACGAACUAUUGAUUUGGUGGAAUGAAGUUGAUUGGUUAGAAUUCGUUGAAA